AUGGUUUCAAGUGAAGCUACGAGAAAGGCAUUAGAAGCUCUCACACUUCUUCACCAUCCCUCACUCACUCAAUCUCUCAAAGCCUUCGCAUCCCUUUCCCAACUCAAACAAGCCCAUGCCCAUCUCAUCAUCGCCGGUCUUACACCGAAUCUCUUCACAACCACUCGCCUUCUCGCCUGCGCAGCCCUCUCCCCAUCAGCUCACAAACUCUCUUACGCCGCCGCAAUCUUCCAGCACUUCCCCAAACCCUCCUUCUUCAUGUACAACACCAUGCUUCGCGCCUUCUCUCAACACCCGAAUUGGUACAAUGUUUGCUUUCAGUAUUACAAGCGUUUGUUAUUUAACGGGCUUUUCCCUGAUAAGUUUACUUUACCUUUUGUUGUUCGCGCGUGUUGGCUGUCUUGUAUGCGGGGUCUUGGACAACAGCUGCAUAGUCAUGUUUUGAAAUUUGGGUUGGGUUGUGAUGUGUUUGUUGUGAAUCAUGUUUUGAAUAUGUACUUGGGGUUUGGCGAAUUGGAUUACGCGCGUAAGGUGUUUGAAGAAAGUUUGGGGAUUGUUGAUGUUGUGUCGUGGACGAGUUUGAUUAGUGGGUGCUGGAAUUUGGGGGAGAUUGAGUUGGCGAGAUGGUACUUUGAUGUUAUGCCUUGUAAGAAUGUUGUUUCGUGGAACGUGAUGAUCACUGGGUUGGCGAGAGUUGGGAAAGUCGAUGAAGCGCGGAAGGUGUUUGAUGAAAUGCCUGAGCGGGAUGUGGCGUCAUGGAGUGCGAUGGUUUCUGGGUACUCACAAUGUAGGAUGGGCGUGGAGGCGUUGAGGGUUUUUAGGGAUAUGGUUGAGGCCAUGGUGGUUCCUAAUUUGCCUGCUUUGGUUAGUGCUGUUUCGGCGUGUGCACAGUUGAGAGCAUUGGAUGAAGGUGUUUGUCUGCAUGAAUAUCUGGUUGAAAACAAGUUUGAGAUUGAUGUGACUUUGGGCACAGCUCUUUUGGACAUGUAUGGGAAGUGUGGAUGCAUUGAGAGAGCUGUUAAAGUCUUCUAUUCUAUGCUUGAGAAGAACGUGCUUUCGUGGAAUUCAAUGAUUGCUGGUUUGUCAAUGAAUGGGUUCGGAAGGGUAGGGUUGUCUUUAUUUUGGAAAAUGCAACUAUUUGGCCUGAAACCUAAUGAUUUAACAUUCAUUGCAUUGUUUGGUGGGUGUAGUCACUCGGGGUUGGUCAAUGAGGGACUUCGGCUUUUUGAUCUCAUGACCCAAAAACAUCAGAUUAAACCUCAAAGAGAACACUAUGGUUGUGUGGUUGAUCUUCUUGGCCGAGCGGGCAUGAUUGAAGAAGCAUUGAAAUUUGUUGAAGGGAUGCCAGUUGAGCCUCAUCCUGAGUUGUGGGGUGCCCUUGUUGGUGCAUGUAGCAUUCAUGGGGAUACUGAGCUUGGCCAAAAAUUGGGGAAACACCUCAUCGAAUUGGACCCUCAGCACUGUGGGAGAUAUGCUAUAUUAUCUAAUCUAUUUGCAUCUGCCAGAAGAUGGGACGAUGUGGAAAUGGUGAGAAAGUUGCUGAAAGAUAGAAAGGUGUUAAAGUCCCCAGGCAACAGUGUUGUUGAAUCAUAA